UAUUUAAUGAACGCAAGGGCUGUGUUGUCAGAAGAUGAGAAGUGGAGCAGAAGGAGAAGCUGUUGUUGACCAGGAAGUGGAUGUUGCCAGAUACGAUGAUGCUGCUGGAGAAGGGACUUGAUAUGAGCAUUGAGCAGGCGCCUGGAAUACCAACAAAUAUCUUCCUAUAUAUAUACAUAUAUAUAUUGUAAUCUCGGUGCUGGAGAAAUAUCUCGAGAUUCUAAACUGUUCAGAGCCACGCGAGUGGCCGCGCGAUACGUUUCGCGAAUACUUGAUACUAAUAUAUAUUAUUAUAUAUAUAUAUAUGUAUUAUAUAUAUUCUUGAAAAAUAAUUUCUAAUCGUGUUCAAAAAAAUAAAAUGGUUGAAAAAAAUCCACUUGGUAUUUUGAGGAUUAAUUUAUUAUUAUUGUUUAUUAUACUAGUUUUUUCCAUCACGUGUGGUUUUACUCAGCAGCCCAAGUAUCGGGAUCGCGAGAGCAUUUCUAGUCAGAAGUUUAAGCGCCUUGAAGAUUUCGAUGAACCGACCUGGAAAUUAAUUCUGUCAGAUGAAAAAAAACUAAAAUUAAAAAAUGACACAAACAAAUAUACAGAUUUGGUAAUAAAAAACUAUACAGUAACACCGAGAAUAAUAACAACAAAUGAUACCAUUAAAUUAAUGUCGAGUGCUGCGCGCGGUAGCAUUAAAAGAAAAUCUAAAACGAGAAGUCACAAAAAAUCACGGGGAAAAAUACGUCGUCUGAAAAAGGGCAGGAAGAAAAUGAAAGCUGAUGAAUUGAAAGGGGAAAAUUACCAGGAGAUUUUCAAAUCCGUGGAUAUUAAAAAUUACGAGGACGAAAAUUUCGAGCAGCAGCUGCUCAAGGAUUUGCACGAGCGAGUUAUUAAAUCCAGGGGUUCAAUAAUUUAUAAUCAGAGUCAACUCAACAAUAAUAAUAAUUAUUUAAUUAAAAAAAAAAAUUUUUUUGAAAAUAACGAUGCCUCAAAUAUCGGGAAUUUAAAUGGAGGCGACUUAUCAUGUAUGCAAGGCGAUUUUAUUCCAGCGCCACUUGUUCCUCAUGCUCUAAUAAAAUAUGUUAAGUCGUCGAAACCACACCAGGAAUAUCUCGAGGCAAAUUAUGAGUGUAUUGAAGGUUUUGUAUUGUCGUCAAACACAACGCGACUGUUGUGCAAAAAUCGACAAUGGGUUGGAGCCGCAGUGCCUUCAUGUACACCCAAGAAUAAUAACCACCGUGAAAUAUGUUCUCGUUCAUCUUGCGAUCAGAUUUGCAAGCAAGUUAACAAUAAACCGACUUGUUUUUGUUACGAGGGCUUUUAUCUCGAGGACAAUAAGUGCAUUGACAUCAAUGAAUGCGCCGACACGAACGGUGGCUGUCAGUAUAAAUGUGUAAACACGCCGGGCAGCUAUCGAUGCGAGUGUCCAAAGGGAAUGAAAUAUGCACAAGACAAGUCUAGAUGCGAAGAUGUGAAUGAAUGCUCGGAGAAUAAUGGGCGAGGGCCGUGUCAAGAUAUCUGUCAAAACUUGGAGCCUGGAUAUUUGUGUGGGUGCGAUGGGUUACCGGGUACGAGCCUUUCAGCUGACAAUCAUACGUGUCUAAACACAAGUCCUUGUGCUAUAAACAAUGCAGGAUGCUCUCACACUUGUCUUUCAACUGUUGGACGUGUUUUUUGUCUCUGUCCGGAUGGAUUUAUGUUGCAAGAUGACUGGAAAACUUGCCAAGAUAUUGACGAGUGCGCUGUCCCAGAUUUGCAGAAUGAAGUUUGCAAGUUCGGGUGUGUUAACACCCCGGGUUCUUACCAUUGUGUUGAGCAGGGUCUGGUUAAUGAUCAGCCUGGCGAUAAAGUUGAUUCAUGUCCCAAAGGGUAUCACCCGUCGACGAGAUCAACUUGUGUUGAUGUAAACGAGUGCGAGGAUAACAACGGAGGGUGCAGCGAGGUGUGUGAAAACACAAAUGGCAGUUAUUUUUGCGCCUGCAACGGUGAUGAAAGGAUUUUAUCGCCUGAUGGAAAAUCUUGCACGGAUAUAAAUGAAGUAUCAUGCUCGUCUUUGGAUGUACCAAAAAGGGGCACAUUAAUCUGCUCGCGUCAGUCAUCUCGUAGUGUGUGGUCAGCAAACAAAGCACUUAAUAAUCUGCCUGGUACUAAAUGCUCCUUGAGAUGUCCACCAGGGUAUUAUAUCCUCGGAGAAUACGAGCUCACGUGUCGUGAAAAUGGAAACUGGGACGGCAUUAAAACCGGCCAGUGCACUAGAUGUCCGACAGACAUAAGAAUAAUAGAAGAGGAAAUUUUUCUCAAAAUAAACAAACCAACGACAAGUAUUGUAUUGACCCAAGAAUUAAAACCACUGGAGCAGCGGCGUAUGCGUUUGUCCGUAAACUUGGACCGCGGACUCCACAAAAUUAUUUUCUUCAAAAAUCCCUCAUCUCCAUCUUCAAGUUCUGCGUCAAUUAAUAAGCAAUUAAACUGCACAAUCCACACUAAUAUCAAAGACGGCGAGUCACCAAAAAUUUACAACUGUCCAAAUAAUAAUAAUAGUCCACUAAUUAAAUGGAGUAAAGAAGUAUUUGCUGACAGUAUUGAAAUCACUUAUAUUAAUAAUGAGAGUCUUGAUGAAAGGUCCUUUGAUGUCGACUGGAAUACCACUUACAAGCCAAUUGACGAGGAUACUUGGUCAUCUAAUUGCACCUUUACUGUUAUUAUUAACGAAGAUUAAAUUAUUUCCUCUUGUUUUUUUACUGUUAAGGAAAUUUAAUUAAUAGUGAGGUAAAUGGCUCGCUUACUUACCUUUCAAGAUCAUAAAUGUGUUAGUUUAAUAAGUAUGGUAAUUUGGUUACAAUAAUUGAGGGUUGGAUUUUUUUUUUUAUAGUAGAGUGAUUUUGACACGAAGAAUUAGCAGACUAGUUUAGUUUUAUUUUAAGGAAAUGACGUUUCAAAUUUUUUAAUGGAAGUUUAUGUCAGCAGAGAUAUUAAUAUUCAUGCGAAGCCGAAUUUUGAACUGUCAGAAAAAUUUUUAUUUUUAUAUUUAUAGGGAAAUUGAAAUUUCCAAUAUUGUAAAGUAGAAGUAUCAAAAAUAAAAUUUUUUUUUAUUUUUUAGAAUCUCGAAUUGUUUGAAAAUAAUUGUGAUAAAUUACAAUUCAUAAUAAUCACAAAUUGAACCCCGCUUUUCAUAUAUAUUUAUAUAUAUAAAGGCGGUCUUAAAGAAACUGACAAAUUUUGUUUCCUCAUUUAAAAUUUUUAA